AUGAAGAGGCGAGUGCUUGUUGGCGUGAAGAGGUGCAUUGACUACAACGUCAAGAUCAGGGUCAAGCCCGACAACACCGGGGUGCUCACUCAGAAUGUUAAGUUCAGCAUGAACCCCUUCGACGAAAUUGCCGUGACCGAGGCAGUCAAGAUGAAGAAGGAGGGCGGCUUCGAGGAAAUUGUUGCCGUAUCUGUUGGUCCCAAGGAGUGCCAGGAGACCAUCAGGCGUGCCCUCGCCAUGGGUGCCGACCGUGGCAUUCACGUGGAGACGGACGAGGAGCUGCAGCCCAUCGCCGUGGCACGGAUCUUCAAGAAGCUCGCGGAGAAGGAGCAGCCCCAGGUGGUGGUCCUGGGCAAGCAGGCCAUCGACGACGACGCCAACCAGACCGGCCAGAUGCUCGCCGGCAUGAUGGACUGGUCGCAGGGCACGCAUGCGUACCGCCUCAAGUUUGCGCCCGAGGAGGUCGAGUGCACCCGGGAGACCGACACGGGCCUGCAGACACUCAAGCUCAAGCUGCCUUCCGUCAUCACCUGCGAUCUGCGCCUCAACGAGCCCAUCUUCGCCAAGCUCCCCGAGAUCAUGAAGGCCAAGUCCAAGCCUCUCCAAAAGUUCACGCCGCAGGAGCUGGGCGUGGAGACCGCGACGCCCGUGAAGGUGGUGAAGGUGACCGAGCCGCCCAAGCGCGAGGCCGGCAAGAUCGUGGAGUCCGUCCAGGAGCUCGUGGCCGCCCUCAAGAAGGAGGGUGCCAUCCAGUAA